UUCAUCUUUUUCUUCUUCUUCUUCUUCGAACUACACUAUCACUGUAGAAAAGACUCUUUUUCAACAAUUGAAUCCAAUUUACGAUGACAGACUACGCGCAAGAACAAGAAAUGGAGAUUGAAGCAUUAGAAGCUAUACUUAUGGAUGAAUUCAAAGAAAUACACUCUGGUGAAAGUGGUUUAAGCACUUCCAAUAGGUGCUUCCAGAUUAAAAUCACUGCACAGGAGGAAGACGAAGAUGGGUCAAGUACUAAUCCAGCUCAACUGGCUUUGAUCUUCGCGCACACAGAAAAUUAUCCCGAUGAACCUCCACUUUUGAAUGUGAGCAGUUUGCGAGGAAUUGGGUCUGAAGAUUUAAGGAUUUUGAAAGACAAACUUCAACAAGAGGCAUCUGAAAAUCUUGGCAUGGCUAUGAUCUACACACUUGUUAACUCAGCUAAAGAGUGGUUGACUGAGCGGUUUACUGAAGACUCAGAUGGUGAUGCUGAAGCAGAAGAGGCAGCCAAAGAAGAUAUAGUGAUACCUCAUGGAGAACCAGUUACUGUCGAAACUUUUUUGGCAUGGCGGGAAAGGUUUGAAGCUGAACUUGCACUUGAGCGAGCCAAGUUAAUGCCAGAGUCUGUGCUUGCUACUCCGAAGGAAAAGAAACUCAGUGGUAGACAGUGGUUUGAAAGUGGAAGGAUGAAAGGUGCAGCUAUUGUCACCGAGGAAUUGGAUGAGGAUGACGAGGAAGAUAUUGACUUUGAUGAUGAUGAGGAUUUCGAAGAUGAUGAAGAUGAUAUGCUUGAGCAUUAUCUCGCUGAAAAAUCUGAUUCAUCCACACAUUCUUCCUUGCGAGCGAGUUAAAAUCUGAUUCAUCCACACAUGUUUUAUCAGUUUUGUUUUAUGUUCUUAAAUAUUGGUUUUAAAAAUUAUGAUUAUUUAAAAUUAAAUUAUCAUCUUCAUAUUUUGCAGGAUAUAUUAUGUUGUUUUGUUAUAGUUUUGCAUCAUUUUAUAAGCAUGAGGAAACAUGUCCUCUUGAUGCUUGUAGCAAAAGUAAAAGUGUCAUGUGGUAAUAAUUCAUAGAUUUUGGGUGGUA